ACUGGCACCGCUGUCGGUCUUCGGCUGUAGGACGUCUUGUCGGUGCGGAGCUCCGGUGAGGCCCCGCGGAGAUGGGUUCCCGGGCGUCUACGCUGCUGCGGGACGAGGAGAUCGAGGAGAUCAAGAAGGAGACGGGCUUCUCCCACAGUCAAAUCACUCGCUUGUAUAGUCGCUUCACUAGCCUCGACAAAGGAGAAAAUGGCACUCUGAGUCGUGAAGACUUCCAGCGGAUUCCGGAGCUUGCUAUCAAUCCAUUGGGAGACCGAAUUAUCAAUGCCUUCUUUCCAGAAGGAGAGGACCAAGUCAAUUUCCGUGGAUUCAUGAGGACACUAGCCCACUUCCGACCUAUUGAAGAUAACGAAAAGAGCAAAGACCAGAAUGGACCAGAACCACUGAACAGCCGAAGUAACAAGCUCCACUUUGCUUUUCGGUUAUAUGACCUAGAUAAAGAUGACAAGAUUUCCAGGGAUGAGCUUCUUCAGGUGUUACGGAUGAUGGUUGGUGUAAACAUUUCAGACGAACAGCUUGGCAGCAUCGCUGACAGAACAAUCCAGGAAGCUGAUCAAGAUGGGGAUAGUGCCAUCUCCUUUGCAGAGUUUGUAAAGGUUUUGGAGAAGGUGGAUGUAGAGCAGAAAAUGAGUAUUCGUUUUCUUCACUGAUGGAUGGAGAACCUUUUCCUCUCUAACCUUCCUAUGUAAUGACUAGAACUUCAUUUUUUUCCUUACCACCUUCCCCCAGAGCAUUGCUACUGGUGCAUAUAAAGUACGUCAUCUCCAACCCUUCACUGAUUUGUUCUACCAAUGUGAACAAUCCAUGUGCAUCAGAAACAAAGGGAAAUAGCUGCUGUGGAACUUGUAAAGGAAGAAAAAAAAUAUUUUCCUUCCAUUUUAAUUGCUACUUUUUCCUCUGUCUCCUGCAUUAUCAUGAGUAAAAAUGUUUCUCCUUUCUAUGUACUGCUGUUUAAUCUACAAACUGAUUCUUCUGAGCCCUGAAUCUGAGAAUUGGAAAAGGGGAAAAUGCCACAAAUGCCUUCUGAAACACUUUUUGGAGACAAGUGUCUACUCAGAUACUAGGUAUAGUGAUAAUUAUUCACCUUUGCUUCCAGUAGCAAUACCAUGUUAAAGCUACCUUUAUUUUUUUCUUCCCCAGUUGGCUCUUCACAUGCAGAUUUGUUUCUUCCCUGUUUCCAAAUCUGCCUUUUGCAUGAGGACUUGAGUUCCUCCUAUGGCUUCAUUGUUAAACUAGCACUAAUUGUGUGAUGACAGUUCACAGGUAUGGUGAAGAUUUUAUUUGUGGGAUGAAUUCACAGGGACAACAGGAGAAUCUGGUGGAGACAGGCAAUGGUGUCCUUAAAGGAAAUAGGAACUCUGCACUAAGUCACUUAAACUGUUCCUGUAGCAAAUGCAGAAGCUUGUUUCUUUCCUAUGAGUAGCUUCCAGGCUUGACAACUGGUGGACCACAAAGUACCUUUUCCAGGUUGCUUUACUCUAGGCUGCCACUUCCUAUCAGGGUGGUUUUGCCUCUGAAGGUAUAAACUUGUUUACCAGCUUACAUAACACAAGAAAACUAGCCAUGCCAAAAUCUGGAGUUGUAGUUCUGUCACUGCCCUCUGAUAACAGUGUAAUGAAACAUGAGUGACUUUUUUUUUAAUUGUAGUGACCUGGGCAUUAAUUAUUUGCACUUUCCAGUAUGGAAGUCCUGGUCUAUUAGAUUUGUGUUGAUGGUGGUAACCAUAUUUAUGAAAGCUCAGGCAUAAGAAUACCAUUUGGGAAGUGCAUAUUAUCUCAAAUUAAAGUAACGGGAUAUUUCAGAAUAUAUUUCUAUUAAAAUCUUAUUUCUAUUCAAAUCUCUGUAAGUAUAAGAUUAAAUGAGAGGAUGAUUGACAGUUGAUAAAACAAUCCUGAUCAAAUAGUAAAAUCAAAAGUAUUGAAAAUUCAACACCAACAUAAUUUUCUGUGCUUGGAUUGGCAACUCAUCUCGUCCAGCUGAACAUCUAUUGUCUGGGAGGACCUUCCAGUAAAACAAAAACAAAACAAAAAAAAAAGAGCUUCUUUACUGAAGAAUCAGUGUUAUAACUGCUUCUUUGUCAUGUGUUAACACUUCUAUAAAUACUUACCAGUCUCAAACUACUCUCAAAUGUGUAUUUCCUUUGUUUUUGGUUCCUUGAAUCAUUAUUUGUGUUAAAUAAUAACAUGCAAGUCUCUGAAGUAUUUUUGAUUUGUUUUAAAUUAAGGACUUGCAAAGUAAAAUGUUGCACUUCGUUUUGCAGAGUGCAGCAUAACAAGUCCAGAAAGAAAAGUAAAUUAAAAACCUCUGUGUGUGAAAUGGUUUUGACUGUCAUGUAAAAUAGGAAUGUAACAAUGUUAACAGAAAAGUUUUAAUUUUUUUUUUGUAGGCAUUGUGAUCUGCUUUAAAGUAAGUGUUGCACUCUUAUUUUCUGGCUAUAUAGUUGUAACUUACAGUUGUGCCUUAUUGUCCCAGUGAGACUGGAUAUUGUAUUUAUCAAUCCAUAAAUAAAACCUUCCGCUGUAUAAAUAAAUGAAAAUAAAAUCCCUGUGUGGUAGCU